CUUCAGCGUGGCAUUGCUUCGGCCUUCGAUUGUCCAAUCACAGAGCACGCUUGACCUACCGUUUGCAUCGCGAUCUCUCAACGACCAUUAAGGAAUCGACCGCCCGAUGCUCGCCACUCGCCCACUUGCCCGAAAGGCCCUCGCCGCCGCGUCGGCAAAUGCCAACCGACCCACUACCGCGCGAUGUGUAGCGGUAUUACGUCGCGUGACUCCUCUAGACGAUGACGAUGAAAUCCCCCAAUGUACUACCGACAAUGUGCGCAUUGCUGCCUCGACCAACGUACCCGAUUUGUGGCGCACUGUGUUUGGUGGUAAGUCCUCGUCACCACCUUCGUAUGUGGACGCGCCGAACGACGAAGAUGUGUUUACAACGAGCAUUGAGAUCAAAGCUACCUCCACCACCACGGUUGACGACGUUGCGCAAGAACCUGAAGUCGAUAUGUGGGGAACAAUGUCCGGACCCAAGAACAUCAACUCGUUGGAUCAAGGUUCGCUCCACCAAGAGGAUGAACCGAGGAACGAUAAACCAAUGGAUUUGUGGGGCGCUGUGUUUGGUGCAAAGCUACCCGACUGCAUUCGCGACGACACUCCAGUCGACGAGGCAUCCAUGUCGGACGUAUCCUCCCCCAGUCCUGCCCCGCUCAAGGCCCAUACUGACGUGUGGACGUCCGUGUUUGGCAAUCGCGACGUGUGAAAGCCGCCGACUGCUUUAAUUUAAUAAGUUACCGUGUUGCAUCAUGCAGGUAGCGUGUACACGAGAGACUCGUGCUUUGUGUGGGUCUUGAGCUUGGGAUUCUUGUGCAGCACGGUAAAACAUCGCGAGCACGUCGUGUCCCCAUGGCAUUCGUGGCACAACACCUCGCCGUUGUUCACCUUGCACACACAACAUUUGGCCGGGACAACUGCGAUCCGCGUCCAUGGCUUGGAUGCUGUGCCGGCCGCCCCUUGCACGAUCCCAUCGCCUGCCACGUUUGCCGCUUUGUCCGCUUGUCGUUGUAGUUGUGCCAAUUCAGCAUAGCACGACACGCAGAACCGCUCGCCGGUUGCCGUGCUCCGCGACGUGCAAAAGUUCAUUUUGCACUGCGUACACAUCACAUAAUAAUUGGGCGGCAUCCACGACGUUUCUCCCGUCGUCAUGU